GAAACGCGCAAGAAUAAUUGGACUGGAGUCAGGUUCCCCCAGAAUAAUCCUCUCCCCCAAGUCCAUCCCCCCUCCUCCUUUGACCAAGCGGCUAAACCCAACCCCCCGAGCGACUUCCAGGAACUGCCUGAGGUACCCAAUUAAUUAUUAAAAGUAGUUCCAGCGAAUUGAGGUGCGUGGCUUCCUCUAAUGUCAUAAAACGGGUUCUGAUGUAAAUAUUCGGCAGUCAAGGCUGGCUCGGGGAUCUGGAAGGAGCUUCUGUGUAACCCUUUUGUGGAUGUGAACGGCUUAUUUGAAUGACGGACGUUGUCGUCGUCUGGUGAUAAAAUAGUGUCCCUCGGCAACUGGAGAUGGGAUUUGGCUGCACAACUGGCGAAGGUGAAGCUAGAGGAACACAAUUCGCCAAAAAGACUCCCAGCACAGACCUUCAACUGGAGACAUGUCACGCCGAGGACAUCCUGAGGAACAUGAGCAUCUUUUGUCAGCGCAAACUCUUCACUGAUAUCGUGCUUCGUGUCGAGAGCCGAGAGUUCCAUUGCCAUCGAGCCAUCCUCUCUGCCAACAGUAUCUACUUCUGGACCAUGUUUUGCAUUGGCCUCAAGGAGAGCCAGCAAGACACUGUGGACAUCAAAGGGGUCUCGGCAGACACAAUGGACUGCGUGUUGGACUACAUGUACGGAGGGAGCAAAAACAUUCAUGAGGAUAAUGUGCAGAGCCUUCUGGAGGCUGCCGACCUCUUUCAGAUGUCGGGUCUUCGGAGCAACUGUGAGAAGUUCCUGGAGGAGCAAUUGGAUCCUUGUAACUGCCUGGGAAUCUUGAGCUUUGCAAACAGCUUCUCCAUCCCGACCUUAUUGGAGAAGAGCAGAAAGCUUCUCCUGGAGAGUUUCGCAGAGGUGAUCCAACACGACGAGUUUCUGCAGGUGCCCAAGAGUGAGCUCCUCGAUCACCUGUCCAGCGACCUCUUGGCCGUUGCCCAGGAGGAGACCGUCUUCGAAGCGGUGAUGCGUUGGGUGCGGCAUGACGUGGCCGCCAGGAAGUGUGAACUGAGAGAACUAUUGGAGCUCGUUCGAAUUCCCCUCCUGGAUCCCAUAUACUUUGUUGAGAAGGUUGAAAUGGAUGAGUUGAUCCUGAACUCCAAGGAAUGCUUUCCAUUGCUGCAAGAGGCUCGGAAGUACCACAUCUUUGGCAAUGAGAUAACUACUCCCAGGACAAGGCCACGAAAGUUUGCAAACGUUGCAGAGGUCAUCGUCGUGGUGGGUGGCUGUGACAAGAAGGGGCGGGCAUCACUGCCAUACACUGAACGGUACAACCCAGGCACUGGGGAGUGGACCCAGCUGGCAAAGAUACCAGACUACACCAAGUCCGAGUUCGCUGUUUGCAUUCUAAAGAAUGACAUCUUCCUCUCAGGUGGGCAUCUGUACAGUAAGGAUGUGUGGAUGUACAACUCCCUUCUCAAUGUCUGGCUGAGAGUGGCACCUUUGAAUAAAGGAAGAUGGAGGCAUAAGAUGGUGGCCUUACAAGGCAAGAUCUAUGCAGUGGGUGGAUUUAAUGGAUUCAGUCGGAUAUCUAGUGUCGAAUGCUACGAUCCUUCCUUGAACUGUUGGAGCCUGAGGACUCCUUUAUUGGAAGCUGUCAGUUCAGCAGCUGUUACUGUCUGCUUAAACAAAGUCCAUGUCAUUGGGGGAGCCCUCAAUGAUAAGUUAAAUUCCACCAAGGUACAAAGCUUUGACCCACUGAAGGAUGAAUGGACUUUCACAACCACCACUCCUUUUGCUCAAAGAUGCAUUAAUGCCGUGAGCCUGAAUGAUUCAUUCUAUGUUAUGGGAGGGCUCAUGGAGUGUGUGUACAAGUAUGAUCCAAAGCAAGACAUCUGGACAGUGUUGACCCAUUCUACAGGACCACUGGAGAACAGUGGGCUGACGGUCUGCAAUGGCAUGCUCUAUAUCUUGGGGGGGAAGGAUGACUUGGCAGAAGGCACGGACCGAGUGCUCUGCAUUGACCCCAUCUCAAGCAAGCUGAGCCAGGUGUCCAACAUGCCGCGGUGUGUCAGUUAUCACGGCUGUGUCACCAUCCACCAGCGCGUGAGACAAUGAAGAGCCCGUUCCCUGCCCGCAGGCUUCCUGGGGACCUGCUUCUCAUUGGACAUUGGAUGUGACACCUGGGCAUUCUUUCCCUACCCUGUUACAAGCCAGGCUGUCAGAAAGGGCACAGUCAAGACUUGGGUUAAAUCAUCACAAAUGGAAAAUGUAACUGUUCCUGUGAGUAACUCACCGUAUCCUGGUCUCAUUCACCCUAAGAUGUCCUGACCCACAGAACAUCCCCUGUCUAACAAAUCCAACCUCAGUACUCCCUUCUGUGCUAUCACUGGAUACUGACGUGCAAUCCCCAGACCACUAAUUCUCUUGGGGGUCAGAGAUUGAUCCUUUGGAGACUUGAAUGUAUCCAAGAAUGGAGCAUCCGCUGGACUUGGAGGAGAAGAUUCCCAAAGCCUCUCAAUUCCCUGAGGGAAGUCCUUUGUUCAAUUCUUCAGGGAAGUGUGUGUCUCUGUCGUGUGUGUGUGUGUGUGUGUGUGUAAAACUAAGGAAGGAACAUUGAAACAUUUCUAGGUGCACUGUUCCCUUGUCAGUGGAGAUACGGGCUUGGGAGAUUGCUGUUGGAGUGACCUUGGUGAGUCACUGCAUUGAUCGUUCACACUUGAGCCACGGUCCACCAGUGGUGAAGGAGUGGAUGUUGAAGAUGGUGGAUUUGGUGCCGACGAAGUGGGACCCUGAAUGAAAUGCUUCCUCAAGCACGGACAUGCUGUUCUCUGUAUCCCUGUGCGCUCGUUCUGUUGGCAGGAGAGUCGUUAGGUGUGCUUGUUCCUCAGUAAUGUCCCAGUAACAAGAACAUGUCUAAACGUUGCCCAUGCAUUUGAACCACUGCCUUUUAUAAUUAUCUGCUGUGCCUUAACGAAUUUGAGAAGAUGUUACACCAUAUAUUCACAAGCUCAAUUGACAUCAUUGAGGGUGAUGAAGUUACUUCAAUUCCCCACUGUGAUCCAGUGACCAUUACCACUCAAGGUACUUAAAGAUUAAGGCUCUUAAAGGGAAAGAGCCAUGCUUCACUAGCAUAGAAUAUAUUUCAGAAGUAUCUUCUGCAUAUGCUUAAAACUGUGAAAUGUGUCUUUAAAUGUUAAUAUUGAUUUAAUACCUCCCCGCUCAUUAACCAUUGAAUGUGAACAUGAGAUUUUCUUAUUGUGAAUGCUGGCUCUGUGUGCUAGGACUUCCCCCAGGCUUUCUCAUCUUGAUUCCAUUCCGUUCUUGACCCUUCAUUUAGGAAGGCUAGGUGAAGGGUCAAAGGUCAAUCUAGGAAAAUGAGAUGAACACUCGAGCCUGUCUCAGUUUCAGCUAGAUCGCAAAUAAUAUGCAGAUCAAAUUCUUUCAUCUGCAUGUUCUAUUGCUAAUUCUUUUAUGCUAACCAACAAAUAAAUUAACUUAUUUCCCCGUGGUUGGGAAGGUGGGGCUUGGGGUUAGACAGCAAGGUUUGUGGGAGUGUUCCCCAGGUUCCACUUCCAAGUUCCACCUCAACUUCCCGAUUCCAGGUUCCAAGUUGUGGUGCAUGCGAUGAACUUUGAUUUCACGGCAUCAAGUUAAUUGGUUAACAGAAGCCCUAGUUUUGUAGCUGUUGGUUGGGGUUGGUGCAAGUUUGGGGAGUCCUAAAUUGUUAUUAAGUAUUGAUAGCCCAAUUGGAAAAGUUUUGAAAAACUCUACAUGACUCUAAAUGCUUUUAGAAUCAUAUGGAGUUGUACAGCACAGGUGCAGGCCCUUCGGCCCAACUCAUCCAUGCCCACCAUGGUGCCUAGUCGCAUCUACCUGCAUUAAGUCAAUAUCCUUCCACUAUCCUGUCCAAAUGUCUUUAAAUAUUGUAAUUGUACCCAUCUCUAUCUCUUCUGGCACGUUCCAUAUAAAUACCACCCUCUGUGUGGAAACAUUUGCCCCUUGGAUCUCUUUCAAAUCUUUCCCCUUUCACCGUAAACCUAUGCCCUCUAAUUUUAAACUCUUCCUCCCUAGGAAAAAGACUCUACCUACCCUAACCUUUUAAAAGGGUUGAUUGGGCUGUGCAUGGGACAGAGAGUUGGAGGAGUCUUAAAUUGUCAGUAAAUAUUCCUGGCCAUUCCAAUACCUCAUCGUUGGUGAGAUGUGGCAUGGAAAGAUCCCAUAAUCAGAAACAUUACCAAUGCAACCAAGUAUUCCAUCUUUUGUCAAUCAACAUUUGGCCAAGGAGGACUCCACCGAUCUUUUAAAUGCAGCUUUGUGGAUACAAAUGAUCUCACAAAGUUGGUAGAGCAUAGGAUUGAAGUGUCAGAUGCAAGAUAAGACUCCUUCAGUACGUCACUGCUCAUGUUUUUGUAUAUGGGUUUCUGGAGAGUGCCUUGAACCCACGACCUUCUGAUUUAUAGCCAAGAGUCCAGCCCACUGAGCCAAGUAACUGAGCCACAUUUGCUGUUGAGAUUAAAAUCCUCUGAUGCUGUAGUUGGUAGAUUAAAAUUUAAGCAAUGUGUUUGUUAA